CAUUUUGGGGUCGCCGUGCAACAGUUGAACUCGCUCGUACGACCAGGCUACUGUAGCACGCACGGGAGCAGUUGGCCACGAACUUCUCACGACAUUCAUACGACAGAUCGGUAGCUGUGAUUGACAGGCAUGGCAGACGACAGCAUCGCGGGCAAGUGGAAGCUGGAUCGCAGCGAGAAUUUUGAAGAGUUCCUCGAAGAAAUGGGUGCUCCAUGGAUAGCCCGUAAGGCCGCAGCAAAGUCUAGUCCGACUCAGGAAAUCAUCAUCAACGGGGACCAGAUAGAGAUAAAGAUCAGUUCCAUCAUGUCAACCAACAUCAUGAAGUUCACCAUUGGAACUGAGUUUGAAUCCGAGUGGGCUAAAAACAAAAGCAAGGCCAUAGCUAAUUGGGAGGACGGUAAGCUUGUUUUGAAAGAGAACGGCGCGAACGGAGAGAUCGUCACUACCCGCCAUGUUGAGGGAGGUGAACUGAUGAUGAUCCUCAACACCCCCAAGGGAGUCGUCUGCAAACGAAUUUUCAAGAAGUCUGAGUGACGGGCCACACACCUACCUGGCAACCAUAGGGACCGCAGUACACAAUACACCUGGUCAGCAGAGGACCAACAAAACAUUAAGAAUUAACAAAAGUCCUUAGAUACAACACAAUUAUUUUCUAAUAAUAGUUUGAUACCAUUUCUUUAUCUCUAAUAUGUAUACAUAUCAACAGCAUGUUAUGAACUAUCAAGGAAAUAUUAAAGAACUAAAAUAGAAUAUGAAUAAACAACAUGAACUAUCAUAGAUAGAUUUAGUAAUAACAAAAUAUGGAGUUACUAGUAAUUCUUCAGAUUUUCAUUAUUAACAUUUCCCAUCCAAACACAUUGUUUUGAACGAGGAUUAAUGAUUUAAUAAAGCAAUAUGAUAUUCACCACAAUUUUCCCGAAGCAUUAUGUAGGUGUAUUAUCAACUUUAUCAUGUGUAUCAAUUAUCAUACAUAACAGUGUUAUAACGUUUCAUUUAAGAAUCAUGUGAGGAUUAAAAAGUCAUCAAAUAAAAUUGACCAACACAA